AUGCAGACCUUUCCCCCACGCACCCUUGAUGCCAUCCUCCAAGACGACGUGAGCAAAACACAAAGCGCAUUCGAAAAAGACAUCCUCCGCAACUACCUUCUGGCAGCCAACCCAGCCCUACUUCCAUACAUCCGAGACGCCCACACUACUCCACUCGGGUUGGUUGAUGCAUGUCACGAAUAUCGCAAACCCCGUAUCAUCUUUGAUGCCACCCACCAUCCUUCCCUGACAGCCAUGGCAGUCAACGAUUUCACUUCUAAAGAAACUGAACCCGAAAUCUGCUUCCCGAGGUCAUUUCCCAACUUCUUGAUCUGGAUCUACAACCUUCGCAUCACCUACCCAAAAGAGGAAAUCUACAUUUGCGACGAUGAUGUAUCUGGCGCCUUCCGCC